AUGACAUCAAAUAAACCAACCUGUUCCCUUUGCGACGUGUCUUUUGACAAUAGUCAAGAGCACAGGGUCCAUGCAAAGAGUGAAGAGCAUAUCACUGCUCUGAGGCAACGCGCCGCUGCUUCGGGACUACUAGAAACAACAAUUGAUGAUGAUGAUACCUACUCCAGUCAAAGAAAUAAGACAGGAGUCAAGUCCCCAGAGGGAUCCGACAGCGAAAAGGACUCCGGCACUGAGGAUGAUGCCGCGCAUGAUUCGGCGCCGGAUUUCCAGUCCACUCAAUGCAUCAUCUGCACCCACACCAGCCAAACCUUUGAUGACUCCCUUCAACACAUGGAAACAUCACACAGCCUUAGGAUUCCAUACAAAAACCACCUCAGUGUAGACCUGGAAACUUUAAUAUGGUAUCUUUACUUUGUCAUCAAUGCCUACCGAGAGUGCAUUUACUGUGGAACAAGAAGCAGGACUGUCCAAGGUAUACAGCAACAUAUGGUGGAUAAAGGCCAUUGUAGAGUUGAGCUGUGGGACGAGAUGCUGGAGUUCUAUGAUCUCGAAGGUAUCAAGAAAAACGGAUCUGAGAAUACAGUUUCCGUCGACAGCGAGACACUUCGAUUGUCAUCUGGGAAACUUCUUUCGCAUCGUACAGCGCCAUCAGUUCGACAGCCACGAACAUCGACCCAGGAUGACAAACAGGAUCAAGACAACCAAGCUUCUCUACCUGUCAAUAAUUCUUCUGAUGCUCUCGCAGCAAAGGAAAAGAAAGACGCCGCGUUGGCGUCUCAGCUCGCCCGACUAAGUGUGCGGGAUCAGCAAAGCUUGAUACAUAUGUCUUCUUCGGAGCAGCGCAGCUUCUUGCUUCAAAGAAAGAAGGAGCUGGACACUGUUCAGCGGGCAGAGCGCAAGAUGCGACUCAAGACAGAAAGAUUGAGCAACAGGACCAUGAUGAAGCACUUCCAGAACGAUGUGCCUGGUCGAAGUAAUGGUUGA